AAAAAUUCAUAUGACUAGUUUAGCAUCAACAAAAGACUCAGCCUCAGAGAUUGAACAAGCGAGUAUUCAGUUUGAUGAAACUGUUCUUGAAGAAAAAUCUUUAACGACUUUGAAAGACGAUAAAGGAGAGGUUUCUUCUAAGAUUUGGGUUCCUUUAUCUUUAGUUGUUGCUGUACUUUUUGCUGUUGCAAAUAUUUCAGUUAGUUACAUUGCAAGUUAUAGACAGAAAGCAAUUGCUCUCCAAUCAGUUGGAAGUCUUAUUGGUAAUCUUAUUCCACUUAUUGUGGUAUCGAUAUAUUCAAAGAAACAAGACAAAGGUCAAUACCAACAGACUGGGGGUUACUUUAAAUGGUUCUACAAUAUCUUCUUGUUUAGAAAGAUCGAUACUGAUGGAAACUAUGUUGCCAAUCAGUGGACAACUCGGAUUCAAUGGAAAAGAGUUGCAGUCUCUGUUUGUCUUCUUUUGCUCUGGUUUGUUUCUUAUCUAAUAUUUAUUAUAAGCUACAGUUUUGCAGGCAUUGUUCACUUGAAUACAGGAGUGCUGAUGUCUAUUUAUUCUGUGAAGCCUGUGGUAUCUUCGAUCAUAUUCUUCUUUUUGUUCAAACAGGCUUUGAAAUCGUAUGAAUUUAUUGCAAUGGUGUUCUGUAUUGCUGGAGCCUUGGUAAUUGGAUUAUCAAGUGAUGGAAAAACCGUUGGUAACACAGAAGAAUCUACCAAAAUGUACUCUAUACUUGCGUGUUCUACUUUGUGCAUUUCCUUGGUACUCACAUGAGUGAGGGCAGCCGUUCUGAAAUACUUCUUCGGGACUGCUAAAGAAGUUAACAUCUCUGCCCUUUUCAACUUUAUCGGAGUGUUCAGCGACGUUAUGUUCCUAAUUUAUUUCAUAGCUUUGGAAGUAGAAGGGUUUGAAUUCGCUCUUCAUGAAUACAUUGCUGCAACCGUUGGUGGAAUUAUCUUAAGCUUGUCUGGAUACUUGAUAGCUUAUGUGAAUGUCAGAGGCAAGGCAGGUGUAGCAGAUGCUCUUAUCGAAACUUCAGUGAUCUAUCAGACUGUACUUGAGAUUGCUUUGUUCUCAAGGUUCCCGAAUACUUUGCAAUAUAUUGGACUCAUUUUGGGAUUCGGAGCAACUCUCUUUUUGAUAUUAUGUAACCAUGUAAAGAUGAGUUAAUUCAAUAUUUC